CGCAUCGCCAUCAAAUUUGGCUCAGCCAGCACCCCAUCAUCGUCAUCGUCAGCAAACAAGUCUCGCACAGCAACAAAGCCUUCGUCAAGCCUAGGCAAGCGGCCGCGCCCGCACGCCCUGGGGGGAGGCGACUCCGAUGCCUCGGACUCUGAGGACGAUGGCCACCAUCGGGGCCGGCACGAGGCCAUCACGGGCUUCGGGGAAGAUGGCGCCGAGACGAAGCGGAAGCGACCGAGGGAGGAGAAGAAGGAGUAUGUCAUUGCGCGGCAGCCGAACAGGAACUGGAAGGACGAGGUGAAGAGCCAGAGGCAAUCCAAGAACCUGCUUCCGGACGAGGCCAGAGCGCAGCAGAAGAACGCCGUUGUUACGGCAGAGACAGAGCCCGCCGAUCAGGAUACACCGCUCAAAUGGGGUCUGACGGUGAAGGAGAAGAAGAGCUCGGUAUUAGAAGACAAGAUGGAUACAGACGCAGGGAACGACGACGAAAGGCAACCACCAAAGCAGGAUGACAAAGACGACGCACCCCCAGCAGCAGCGCGAACGGCUGACGAAGAAGCCAUGGACGCCCUCCUCGGCAAGACACACAAGGAACAAAAGGUCAUCUCAGCACCCGCAACAGAAGACGAGGCCUACCGGCGCGACGUCGAAGCCUCGGGCGCGGUCUCCACGCUCCAGGACUACGAAGACAUGCCCGUCGAAGAGUUUGGCGCCGCCCUCCUCCGCGGCAUGGGCUGGAACGGGGAACCUAGAGGGCCUCCGGUCAAGCAGGUCAAGAGGCGGCAGAACAGGCUCGGCCUAGGCGCCAAGGAGCUCAAGGAGGAGGAAGACCUCGGCGGGUGGAACCAGAACGGAAAGAAGAAGUCGAGGCCGCGGCUGGCCGAUUACCGGAGAGAGGAGAGCAAGCGCAAGGAAGCCCGGGGCCACGAGGACAGCUAUAAGCGAGAGAGAGAGCGCGAACGG